AGUUUGCGCCUCACUACACUAGGUGGCAGUACUCUGGCUCUCUGUGUUCAGCGUCUCCUUUCUUGAUUCUCCGGUAGAAGAAAAAGCGCCCAUCGCCUUUCUUUUUUCAAAAUGGCCGAAUACUUGGCGUCGAUUUUCGGUACAGAAAAAGACAAGGUAAACUGCUCUUUCUACUUUAAAAUUGGAGCAUGUCGCCAUGGAGACCGAUGCUCGAGACUCCAUAACAAACCCACGUUCAGUCAGACCAUUGCUCUGUUGAACAUCUACCGGAACCCACAAAACACAGCUCAGUCUGCUGAUGGCAUAAGUAAGUCUUCCUCUUACACACAUCUUGCUUGAUAUUCUG